AUAAAUAAAAAACGUGGAAUAACGCUAAUGCAGCGUAUAUGGGCUCUUCCACCGAACAAGAAACUUGUAUGUGGGUUAAAUGGGAGCAAGCAACCGGUUGGGGAAAGCGGGCAAACAUUCAAAAGGUGGUUGGGCACCUUAUGCAUCUGCCGCAACUAUUGCCCACUUAUGCCUGCUACUUGGACGCAUGUCGACCGUAAAUGCAAAGAAAACGCUUGGGUAGAGAUAGAGAAAAAAUGGAUCAUUGACCCAGAGAUUAUUAGCCCAGCUAAUCAAAUGAACUGGGCAAUGCACUUAUUAGGAGAGUUGAGAAGGAACCGAAGAAGUAAGUUAAAAAAAAAAUGCUACCCAAAAGAUGCGUUAAAAGAAGAUGUGUAUAAAAACAAACCAUCUUGGGCUGACGAGCAGGACUACCGCGCACUAGUUGACUAUUGGUUUGAUUCUAAAACGAAGGAAUUAGUGGAUACGAACAAGAGAAGUCGUUCGUUUCAGACGGAUAUAGCGAGGACAGGGCCUAUAAGUUUUGCACAAACUGCUGACAAUAUGGCAAAAGAAAACGGCCAAGCAGUGGAGCGUGCAGAUGUUUUCAUAAAAGCAUACUGCAAGAAAGAUGGGACUCCUAUUAGUAAUGAAGUGCGAGACAAGAUUGAUAAAAUGAAAGAAAUUUUAAACAACGGGGGCAAGCUAGUAGGAGACCAUCGCGAUGGAAUUCUCUGGGCAAAAGAUGAUGCGUUCGCUCAAGUGAUGGGCAAAGAACGUUCUGGACGUGUCCGUGGGGUUGGUUUUGGACCAACCCCAUCAGGAAGAAGUGGGUCCAACCUUCCAUGUGUGCUUGGGCCGUCGUCCACUGAAACGGUCCAACGAAUGAUUGCAUUGGAAAAUUCGAUGAGGGACCAACAAGCUGACUCAGAGCAAAGCAACUAG